AUGGCCAGAGUGGGAAGAGCUUUUCUGAUCCUCCUUUGGACAACAACCCUGGUUCAGCCAGACACCCUUCGGACUGCAGAAGUUCAGGUUUUCCCACCUGUUAACUUCACUCUCACAGUCUCUGCAUUAGCACAAGUACUUUUACACUGGAAACCAAACCCUAAUCAAGAAAAAAACAACUAUACCAUCAGAUAUGAUGUGAAAAUCCUAAGCCCUGUGCCUGAAGAGUAUGACACAAAGAGGACUCGGAGCGUCCGAACGGCUCCACUUCACAACGGCUUCUCCGCACGCGUGCGGACGUUACUUCUCCACAAUGACCUUCUGAUGAGGAGUGACUGGGUGGAGGAAAAACUCCUGCCUCUGCCAGGUGCUCCAGAAACAUCUGUCACUAACUUGUCCUGUGUUACUCACAUCACUAUUUCCAGUGCUGUUUCUCUCCAUUGCACUUGGCUUCCUGGCCAAGGGGCACCAGAAGAUACCAAGUACUUCCUAUUUUACAGAUAUGAAACAUACACUGAAGGAUGUCAAGAUUAUAUCCAAGACAAGUGGAGCAGGAAUACUGAGUGCAGAUUUUCAGUGACUCGUAUUGAUCCUGAUGAAAUUGACAACCUCAUUGUGAUACAUAUUAAUGGCUCUAGCAAGUAUGCUGCAAUCAAACCUUUUCAGCAACUGUUUAACCAAAAUGCCAUUGAGAAAGUGAAUGUUCCCAGAAAUGUCACUGUAUUCUUAGAGCAACAUGACCUCGUGGCCACAUGGGAGAAGCCAAUUUCUCCUUUCCAAAAAGAAUGUUUUGAAUAUGAAUUUUACCUCUUCAACUUGAAGUCAGGUAACAAGCAGACCCUGAAAAUAUCCUCAAACGAGUUCAGACUGCGGGUUGAUGUGACCAGCAGGUAUUCAGUACAAAUCAGAGCCAACCAUUACUUGUGUUCUGCAAGAGGAUUUUGGAGUGACUGGAGUGAAAUUAUUUAUGUUGGGCAAAACAAACUGGAGAAUCCCAUCUCCUGGAUCCUUGCUGUGCUUUGUGUGUCCAUGUGCUGCAUAUUCCUGGUUAUUGCUAUUAUAUGCAAAAUAAACCACGUAUGGAGAAAACUGUUUCCACCAAUUCCAAUGCCCAGAAACAAAUUCAGAGAUCACUUCCCAAAUGACUAUGAGAGAGCACGAACCUGCACCACCGAGACCGAGACCGAGUCCAUCAGCUUCGCUGGAGAUCUUUACUGCAGUGUCCUGGAUGACUCUGUCUUCUGA